AGCACAGUUUUAAGUAUUAAAUGCCAGUUAAUUGCACCAACAUGUGCUCAACUUCUCCCACUGUUCUUUGACAAGCUACAUGUCACUUUACUAGAGUUAGAGGGAGAAGGCACACGGAGAGGACGCUGAGCCAUUGGUUUUACAACCUGCCAGUGUUGGUCCCCUUGAUCACGAGUGAGGCCUUACACACCUUUUCAGACAUGAAAGGUCUGGCAGGAGCUUGGUGACAGCUGCAUCCUCUGCCCAAAUAACAACUCAUUCCCAUUACUGGCUCUUAAAUCUUAUUUUCCUUUUUUUUUUAAAGCUAAAAAUCAACAGUUUUUCGCAGGAUAAUACAGCUUGUUUUUCAAGCAGUUUGUUUCCCAAAGUGUUUUCUGUGGUAAUCUUGCUUUUUUUUUUUACUUUAAUAGAAUAAUUCCUCAAAAAGAGAAACUGCAUUGGAAACAAGUGGCAUUAUUCUAAGUGGGAAGUUGUAAAAAUUUAAAGGGAAACAGGAUUUUAAGAUUUAGCACAAGGACAAUAACAUUGCCUGUAAUUACAAACCUUUCCAGGCAGGACAAUGAUUGUAGCUGUUUUCAAACCUUUUAGUUGCAAUUUGUUCAUCUUUAACAAUUUGGCUCUGUAAGGUUAUACUUCUAAUAAGUUAAAACGGGUUUUGGCUAAUGUUUUUCUACUAUAUCACGUCCAGACUGAGGACACACGCAGGCCUGACUUGCCAGAGACGUGUGAAGAUCUCAGGUGAAACAGCAUCCUCUCAUUCCUUCAUUAGACACAUCGCAUCAAACUGAUAAUUGUCGUCGUGCAGACUUUAAAGAGUAAUUCCCCACAAAAGGAAUCUAAUUAUUUUUCUUUCUAUCACAUUAUCCGUCUAUUUAGCCUUAUUCACACCCCAGUGAUAACGAACGACGUCCUUCGGGAAGGUCGCAUUUUGGCACUUUGGGUUUUCUUUGAACUUUUUUUUUUUUUCGCCUGAGCUGUGAACCCAUAAACCUCCGGAGAUCUGCUUCUAUAUAAAAACGCUUUGGCAAAAUCACUUUCACACAAUCUGCCUGUCAUCAAGCCUGAAUGUCAUCCUCUCUGCAUGAGCGUCUGAAGGUUUAGGGAUAUUUCUAACAUGAACCUGGAGGUUGUUACAGCUAAAAUUCUCUCUGAGUGGAAAUGCCAUGAAAGCGCUUUUGGAGAGGACCAGGACUCGCUCCAGUCCUCCUCGCCGGAGCCUUCCAUGGAUUCCAUGUGCUCUUCGCCGGAGAUGUGCUACUCCAGCGGUCACCGGGAGAUCAAGGACUUCUCUUUUGGCUUUACGGGACGCAGGGCAACUCCAUCAGCGCCAAGGCACAACAAGCCCAAGAUGUCCACCAAAAGACGCAUGAAGGCCAGCGAGAGGGAGAAGAUGCGGAUGAGGAGUCUUGCAGAGGCUCUACACCAGCUCCGUGACUACCUGCCGCCGGACUACAGCAAGAGAGGCCAACCCCUGACCAAGAUACAAACCCUCAAAUACACCAUUGAAUACAUCAACAAGCUUUCAGACAUCCUGAGCCGUGCGUAACGGACGCAAAACGGACCAUUUUUACGCAUCAGGUUUAUUCUCCUCUGGACAUUUGAUGGAGAUAUUCUUAUAUUUCUGAUGAGUAAUGCAACAUAUUUACGUUAACUUAAUGGGUCAGUUUCAUUUCAUAUUUUUCCUUCUCUCUUUUUUGCCCUUCUCUUUGUGUAAAUGUUGUUCAGCGGGCACUUGGCAAUUAUUUUGUAUAUGAGGCUGCCUUUGAUGAAAUGAUCAGUAUUUGGGAGAGUUUUCUGUUAGUUGAGAUGUAUAUGGUAUCUAGAUGAGAGUGUGAUGCAACUUUACUGAUGAAAAAACUCUCCAAUUUUGUUGAAAAAUAAGGUUUGGAGAAACCGCACGUUCUUGUUGAUACUGAUUUUAAUCUCCUAUGAUUUAUUUGUGGCAUAUUUUAGAAUGUAAGUAGCUGCAUGAUAUUUUUAUAGUUUUGUUUUGGCUUUCUGAACUCUAUUAAACAAUUAGUGUUGCUUUUUUCUUGUAGCACGAGUUAAUUCUUCAAUUCUCUCCGUUUUUCCACCAAUUGUACAAUUUAACAGUCUUGUUUGGUAUCUUUAAUAUUCUCAAGCAA